AUGAAGAAAAAAGCUAGUAAAUAUAUGCGCUUGCAAGCAGAGGGCAAUGAAGAAUUUACAAGCAUGCAGUUUCGCAAGCCUAAACCUCGAGCUCCGAUCAAAGCGAUUGUUCUGGCUUGUACUUUAUUUCUAGCUGGAUCCAUUAUGAUCUUGAUGGCGGCGCUCAUUUUUACUGGAGGAGCUGGGAUCAAGGAACCAGAUGAAAGAAGAUCAACUUAUACUGUGUUAUUCGUGAUUGGUUCUCUCUUGUUUAUCCCUGGAUUUUAUCAUGUACGAAUUGCCUACUAUGCAUAUCGAGGUUACAGUGGCUAUUCAUAUGAAGAUAUUCCCGAAUUCGACUAA